CCCACAAUGCACUCCCCGAUCAUCAGCGGGAAGCCAAAAUGGCGAACAUGCUGGGGGAAAAUGAACCGUUUGUUAUUUUCUGAAGCAGACACAAGUUUUCGUGAUAUACUUUUGAAAUAAAUUCUGCGACAAAAGGAGCGGGAUAACCGCGGCCAUCCCUGAUCAGUAUUUUUGUCAUACGAGUUAUUUGUAGAAGCGGAGGUGACCGAAUGAGAGACACAGGGGUUGUGGAUCACCUGUCUGUCCAUCACAGAGCUCACCCCCAGCGGCAGCAGCAGGCGGUGUCCCUGUCCACUGUGAGCCUCUCUGCUAGGGGGGAGUAUGGAGAUGACGGGAUGUCUUCCGGGUUUACAGAGGGACAGGAUGUCUUGGCUCGGUGGUCAGAUGGUUUGUUCUACUUGGGGACAAUCACAAAGAUAGAUCGGGACAAGCAGCGAUGCUUUGUGGUUUUUGAGGAUCGAUCAAAGUCUUGGGUUCUUUGGAAGGAUAUUCAGACAGGGGUUGAAGAUGAAGAGGAUGAUGAGGACGAUGACAUUGUGUGCUCCAUAUGCCAGGACGAAGCUUCAGAGGAACCCAAUGAGAUAGUCAUUUGUGACAAGUGUGGACAGGGAUACCAUCAGCUGUGUCACUCCCCCGUCAUAGAUGCCUCUGUCAUUGACUCAGAUGACAAGUGGCUCUGCUCAGAGUGUGAGCUUUCUUCUAUGCCUAAGUCUGGUUUUCAGAUGGGAGGUGCACACAGGAGAGGGACAUCUGCUAAAGGCUUUCUGCAGCAGCACAUGGAGUUGCACCUGUCCUUCCCCUAUGCCCUGGACAAACUGGUGUGGGACCCGGGCCACAAGACUAAUAUUCAGCAGUGUUACUGUUAUUGUGGGGGACCAGGAGAUUGGUACCUAAAGAUGCUGCAGUGUAACAGGUGUCAGCAGUGGUUCCAUGAGGCCUGCCUCCAUUGCUUGCAGAUGCCCAUGCUUUAUGGAGAUAGGUUUUAUCUGUUUGUAUGCUCCGUUUGCAAUGGUGGACCUGAGUACAUCAGCCGAUUGCCUCUCAGAUGGGAGGAUGUUGCACACUUGAGCCUGUACAACUUGAGUGUGAUCCACAAGAAGAAGUACUUUGACUCAGAGAUGGCCUUGAUGGCUUAUAUCAACAACAACUGGGAGCUGCUGCAGCUCGGAGAGCUCGCCAACACUCCCAGAUCAGAGCGGUAUGAACAUAUUCUGGAGGCAUUAAACAACAACAGGAGCUUGUUUAUGUCAGGUAAGGAAGUCAAGAAAAAGAAGCACUUGUUUGGCCUGAGGAUCCGCUUCCCUCCUUCUCCGCCCAACUCUGAUGAGCCAACUAGCAGAGUGAUGGAGAGGGCUUCACAUGAAAUCACCAUCAAAGGCUGCAAGUCCACCAAAGCCCUGUUUGGCACAGGGACUCAAUACUUUGGGAAUCGAUUUGGCUCUGAUACUCAACAUUCGUCAAUAACUUGUAGUACUUUAACCAAUGGCUCAGAGAAGAAGAAGAGAAAGAGGAAGCAAGGAGCUCGUUCUCUGGAGACUCUGGCUAAACCACAACGCUCCAAUGAACUCUUGUCCCAGCAAAUAAGAAAGCCUCUACCAUUAGACCCCCAUACAUUGGAUCACUUAACCUCUAUCAAGAAUGACAGGACUCUGCUGUCCUCGCUUACCUCAGACCUGGAAUCCAUAGGAGGCCUGAGCACCUCAGAAACUACCUCAACUAGCAUUUCAAGACAGUCCAGCCUCUGUAGCUCCAGCAAGACACGCACAGCAGCCUGCAACAUGCCUGUUUCCUCUCCACCCUUAAAAAGGAAACGCGGGCGGCCACGACGGGCCCUGCAGUCCCCCAACCCGGAGAUCCCCCCUCCCAGCCACACAGACCCAAACCCCUCAGCUACAGAGAUGCUGAACGCCCUCCCAGGGCUUCACUCAGCAGACAUACUUCAUGGCAUGGACCCCAACAGCCAGCUCUCCCACCUCAAGAGCUCCAUCAGCAGCUAUUUCGGAGCAGCAGGGCGCCUGGCUUGUGGAGAAAAAUACAAAGUCCUGGCCCGACGGGUCACCCUCGAUGGCAAGGUGCAGUACCUGGUGGAGUGGGAGGGAGUCACUGCCUCCUAGGCUUGUCACUCUCACCGUCAUCACUUCUAACUUCUAAUCAGCAGCUAUAAGUGAACUGCUUUUCAAAGCAUUAAUUGAUAUAUGCCUUUGUUUAGUUUAGACAGGAACACGUUUUUCCUAUUAAGCUUCCUGUAAAGCCUGCUGGUUCUGUGCAGUCCAAGGUGAUUAUAGCACAAUUAAACAUGUUAUUUUCCUCAUUUAAAUAUUAUAAAGACGAGGUAAUGUUGUUAUACUACGCCACACUUGUGUUAUUCUGCUUUUAACUUUUGUUAUCUGCUUUGAAUGUUUACAGAGAACCCCGUUAAUUCAGGGGCAAGUGCACUGCACCUGUAUGCUUUCAGUGAACUGGUAUUGUGCUUGAUAGAUUUUUUUUGUUUUUAAAACAAGUUAUAAGCUUUUUAUUUCCAGACCAACUAAGUAUGAACCUGUACGUUAUUUGAAAGAAUUUAGUUGAUCGGGCAUUUAAAUGGUGAAAGCUGGAGGAUCAGAGACAAGAGUUUAUUCAAGCAGCAAGGAGUUACAUGUGUUUGGUUAGCAUUUAUUUUCUUACCAAAUUUGAUAAAUAACAACAUGUCUCUUUACAUCAAUGUCCCCUCCUUCUGUAGUCUCAGCUGUGAGUAAGUCUUGUUGCCUUUGGCAGACAUAUCCUUCAGUUCUGUUUGGAAAGUGGACUCAUUUGUGAGCAGUUCAAGUGGAACUCGGAACAAAGGGCUGCUGUGCUGCUGCAAAUGUUGAUUGUUUUAUACGUAAUUAUACUACAUUUAUUAAUACAUUUUAUACUUGUACUUUCAUGUACGCCUUUUCUCUUCCAACAAGGUAGGGGUCUGAUUGUCUUCUUUUUUUUUAUUAUGUAUUGCAUAGUUUAAAUGAUAUCCAACAUCUCAUUUUAAGCAGAUGCAUUGAGCUAUCUCAGCCCCUCUUAAGACAGCAUUUAUCAUUUAGGUCAUCACUCCCAGUGGAUUAGAUUUGAGCAUGAGAUUCAUAAAAAUAACAUCCCAAAAUGAACUUCAGCAUAUAAAUAAUGAACCCAUUGAACACAUCCUUUAAAACAUUUUAAUUUGAAAUUGAUAAAAAUGACUGAAAUCUUUUAGUCUAUUUAGUUUUGUCUGGUGGUUAUUGACAGAAUAAAGUGCUUUACAAGGUGAAUAUUGUAUAACCAGUUCCCAUAUCCAGUGUUCUGAAUUGUUUUGCUUUUUUGUGCUGCCUAUGCAAGUUAGUUUUGAUAAAUGUAUUCUUCGGUCACACAGUUGAACCAUAUGGCAUGACAAGCAGGAACAUCAGCAUUAUCAUGGAUUUUUGACUCAGGCAUUCAAUUUUUCAUGCGACAGGUGUACCAAAAUAUCUACUUUAAAAAUGCACUUGGAUUUUGCUUUUAUAGUCAGGUUCACCUUUGUAGCCUACACACUCAGGAUAUGCCCCAAACCUUCACUGUAUUGCAUAGGCCAGCAUUUGCAUCUUGACAGGAGGUUUUCUUGUAAGUUAUUUGUUUUGGUCAAUAUUUCUAUCAGGUCCUUCAUUUCUCACAUCACUUUGGGCCAUUGGGUCAUGUGUGUAUUUUUAUUUUAUUUUUUUUGAGAAGAAAAAGUCCACUUUUACUGCUACUCUUUGUUUAAACUGAGUCAAAACAGUCACUGGAAAACUAAUAUGCUGAAUGUCAUUGCAAGUGGUAAAUAUUCAGUUAGUAUAUUGCUGUCUCUUUUUUUGAGAUGUUUUUGUUAAAGUGGACAGACCUUCUGGACACUGAUACCUCUUCAUUGUAUGGAUGUGGUGAGUGCAUUUUGAAACUUCUCUCUGUUCAGUCAGUGUCUGAGCCUACCUGUUGCUACCACUGGCUUCUGCAGCCAAAGAAUAACAUGUAACGUCUGAUUUGUCUUUUGGGAUUCUUCUUAAUUACAUUUUUACACACCUUUUAUAUAGGUUGACGUGUUACUUCAGAAUCUGUUUUGUUAAAAAAAUGCAAAUAAAAGCAGUUGUUUUGA